GCUGUGCGCCCUCAGUGCGUCACACUGCUCUGCUACAGACAGACGGACAGACAGACAGACAGACAGCGGCGAGCAGGAGGAGGAAGAGAAGGAAAGAUGUCCGGUAUCAUGCUGCUGUCGGUGUCUUGGAGUUUGUGCUUGUUGUGGGCGACCGGCGGGAGUGCGCGGAGCGGGGCAGUGAUCCUGCGGGACGCCCUGGAGCGAGUCCCGGUCAGCCUGAACGACAUGUUCCGAGAGGUGGAGGAGCUGAUGGAGGAUACCAAGCACAUACUGGAGGAGGCAGUGGAUCAGAUAACUACCGAGAGUGCUAAAUCAUCUUUAACGUCACCAGAUCUGCUUCUCGCCUACCACAACGAAACCCAGCGGAUUAUUAAGAAUGGAGACAGAGACAUUCAGGUCCUAGAUAGGACCAACAAGGAAACUAAUAACAAAACAGGAGAGACUCAUCUUUCACACAUCCAUAUGGAGCUCAAUGGGCUUUGGAACAGUGUUGAUCACGAAUGCAUGGUGGAUGAGGACUGUGGUGACCUGAAAUACUGCUUAUAUGAGAUUGAGAACUCUAAGUGCCUCCCCUGCAUACCAACAGAUAUGCCCUGCACUAAGGAUGAGGAGUGCUGCUCAGACCAGAUGUGUGUGUGGGGCCAGUGUACAGUCAAUGCCACCAGAGGAACAGAGGGAACUAUCUGUCAGGGUCAGAGUGACUGCAGGCUGGACCUGUGCUGCGCCUUUCAACGAGAGCUAUUGUUCCCAGUGUGUAAUCCCAAACCAGGGAAGGGGGAGUCCUGUCUGAGCCACCCCAACCUGUUGAUGGAUAUGCUGGCCUGGGACCAGGAGGGCCCCCGUGACCACUGCCCCUGUGCUGACUCCCUCCAAUGCCAACCUCAUGGACGUGGAUCUGUUUGUGGGGAGUAGUGCUGGAAAAUGAAAAGCAUGAGGAGGUUAUAUUCAACUACAUAACCCUGUCCAGAAGCUAUACGGACAUCCUUACUGAUCAUUCACCAAAGAACAGUCCACCUACUGAUCAACAGUUUCUUAAAGUAUAGGAUAUUGCUUCAGGGCAGGACUUGCACUGUGUUAUUUAUGCCUUACUACCAAUCUGUAUUAUAUAUCAUGAAGGAAAUAAUAAAGACUUGUUUUUGGUUUUGACUGAGAACCAAGAAAAGUGGUACUUUGGUAUUCACUAGUUCAGUUCGGAUACAGAUGAGCUUAUUUAUUUCACUGCAGAGUGGAUGAUAAGAGCUGCGGCAAAACACAGCACUGACCACUAGAGGGCAAACUUCUGCCUGUUUCGUGUGUGAGGAAAGUAAACCAAGAAAUCACACACACACACACACACACACACACACACACACGCUUUUACACAUGAAAAUUCAUGAAGAAAAUAUUCAGGAUCAGGCUGAUACCCACAUGACCAUUGUGCAGACUGAUACAAAUCUCUGGCUCUCUCUCUCAUACACUCACACACAACAGUGGGAAACAAAAAGGUCUUUGACUUGCAUAUUAAGAGAGGUUUUGGAUUCAUCUUCAGUGUUUUUCCAGACUAAAUAUCUGCUGGCUUCUGUUCACGCUUUAAUGCAAAAUUAUAGAAAAAUUAAA